CGUGGAUGCCGCCGGCUGCGUCUGGGACGGCUGAGGACGUGAGGAGAUGGCUGACCCUUGGCAGGAAUGCAUGGAUUAUGCAGUGACGCUGGCCAGGCAGGCUGGAGAGGUGGUUCGUGAAGCUCUGAAAAAUGAAAUGAAUGUUAUGAUUAAAAGUUCUCCUGCUGAUUUGGUGACGGCUACUGACCAAAAAGUUGAGAAAAUGCUUAUUGCUUCCAUAAAGGAAAAAUACCCGUCCCACAGUUUCAUUGGUGAGGAGUCCGUGGCAGCUGGAGAGAAGAGUGUCUUAACCGACAACCCCACGUGGAUCAUUGACCCUAUUGAUGGAACCACCAACUUUGUUCAUAGGUUUCCUUUUGUAGCUGUUUCGAUUGGCUUUGUUGUAAAUAAAAAGAUGGAAUUUGGAGUUGUGUACAGUUGUAUAGAAGAUAAGAUGUAUACUGGCAGAAAAGGAAAAGGUGCCUUUUGUAAUGGCCAAAAGCUUCAGGUUUCACAACAGGAAGAUAUUACCAAAUCACUCUUGGUGACUGAGCUGGGCUCUUCCAGAACACCAGAGACUGUAAAAAUCAUUCUUUCUAAUAUGGAGAAACUUCUUUGCAUUCCUGUUCAUGGGAUCCGGGGUGUUGGCACGGCAGCCGUAAAUAUGUGCCUCGUGGCGACUGGAGGAGCAGAUGCGUAUUACGAAAUGGGAAUUCACUGCUGGGACAUGGCAGGAGCUGGCAUCAUUGUUACCGAAGCUGGUGGCGUGCUGAUGGAUGUAACAGGAGGACCAUUUGAUUUGAUGUCACGAAGAAUAAUUGCAGCAAGCACCAGAACAUUAGCAGAAAGGAUCGCCAAAGAAAUACAGAUCGUUCCUUUCCAGAGGGACGAUGAGGAUUAGUGACGGUAGCUCACAGUCACAGCCACUUCCCCCCAGAUUUGUUCAUGCACUGAUGGACAUCUGUUUCAGACGUGGGGUACUGAUCUAAAUUUUCUUUGGUAUCCAGGUUAAAAAAUUGGCAAUUGCUCCAUAGACUAAGACUGGAAUAUGUAAGAGUAGUACCCAUGUUUGCUUCACUGUUUUAAAAAAUGUUGCAUGUUAAGAAUGCACUUUAGGACAAAUACAAAAGCAGUAAACUGUUCAUGAGAUAGCUGUAUCACAAACUAAGCUGGUCAGAAGUGUGCAUUGAUAUGUGUGUUUUGGGCAGAUGUGUUCCUCAGGAAAACAUGAGCCUCAGAAAUAUUUAUCUACAAGAACCCUCCAUCAGAACAUCUGCUUUGUGGAGACAGUUUUCCCUUUGAUUUUUCAGGCCAUCUUUAAAUAUGUGUAAAGAUGUAACAGGGACGCCCUUGCUGUGAAUCAGUGUGCCCAGAGAACCUGGCAUAGUAACUGCCAGACCGUAGAUGGUCCAAAAUGGACUCAGCAUUCUGUAUGCUUCAGGUCCUAAAGUAACAAUUGACCUAGUUUUCCUUUUUAUAUUUCACAUUACCAUCCGUGCUGCCAGGUGGUAUCACCAAUUGUAGACAUUUUUGUAGUUAAUACUUAUUACUGUUUUCUAAAUCACCUCAUUACGGGAUGUUUGGAUUCCCUUAAAUGUCCAAAUCCUCGGGUCAGAAAAGAAACCGUUGCCCAGAAGCACUCGCUCAGGUACCUGUUGUAAUUAGGUGCGGCCUGACCUUUCCCGAGUUGAGUACUCACCCUGCUGUGGUUGAGCUGGCAGAUACAUGGUGUGUUUUCUUGAUCUUUCCUUGUUUAACUUCCUUGCUGCUGGGUCCUGCGAAGCCUUUCAGCAUUUCCUCAUAGUCCUUGGCCUGUGAAACUCAAGAAGAAAAUUGUACUGGUUCAUAGACAUUUCUAAAAGAUUAAUGCAUUGUUUAGCUUUGUCCCUUGACUUGUGAACAGGUUUUUAAAUUCUGUUGUGGGUGUAUGAGCCUUGCAAUGGAUAAGAUGAAAAAUGCCUCUUUGUAGUAUUCAAGAUAGGGAGGUUAUUUUAUUGUUGUAUAUACUUAGUAUGUUAAGUAUAUAUGAUACCAAGAUGUAGGUGUUAUAAAUAAUGUCUGUACCUAAACUGUUGGUCACUUUUACUUUAAAAAUCUCAUACUGUAUUCCAAGUUCAGGUGUUUUUUUGCGGUUAAAUCUGUUUUAAUGCUAUCACGAAUAAAAGUUUAAAUAAAAAGU